UGCCGUGGCAAGAGCAAGUGGGGCAACAACACUUGCAGCAACAAUAAUAACAACAACUAGAGAUUUGACUGGCCUCAGUUCUCCACAGUACAUCCACUGCUUUCAUACUGUGCUGUUUCCUUCAGCCUGCAGUCACUUCUUUUCUGUUAUCGUGGUAGACUGCUGAAGACUGAAGAAGUGUUUUUCGGUUCGGUCGUGUGGCAGUCUGACUUUCGAUCGUCUUCAUUUGUCUGUCGUUCAACAAUCGUCUAUCAGCACUAGGAAUUGUUACAUUACAUUACCUGGUCGAAUUUUUCGGGGACUUUUUUCGUGAAUUCGGUCGUGGUAGUCCCAUGAGGGAAGAAUAGCCUUCACCCUUGAAGUACAUACAUUAGUAACUUCAGUUGUGCUUACUAAAUAAAUCGGUACGGUACGGUGUUCUCGAAGGGACAAACUUUUCGCAUUUCGAAAAUGUUUUCGAAAAUUAGGUGACAAGUUCUUUAAAUAGUUUCAAGUGUUCAUAUUUUCAACGAAAUUCGAUUUCAGUGAGUGUGGUUCCUAGUCAUCUGUGAUUUAUUAUUGUCAAAAUGAAGAUGGGAUUAAGGAUAGUAGACGACCUAUUAAACAAAUCGUUCUACAGGCUGGGACGGAUAGUGGGUCAUUAUCCGGGAUAUUUCAUAAUAGUACCGGUUCUAUUAACCCUCUUGGCUGUGACCGGUUACCAAAAGCUGAAUAAUAACAUUGACCCCGAAUACCUGUUCAGUCCGAUUAACGGGGCAGGGAAAAUCGAAAGGGCCACCGUCGAGAACUUUUUCAAAAUGAACUACACGAACAGGUUUAGUGUCGCCAGGAUCACGAGAGCAGGACGAUUUGGGCGUGUUAUUGUGACGGCCAAUGAUGGAGAUCGGAACAUGUUAAGGGUUAAUGUCUGGAAGGAACUUCGGCUAUUAGACGACAUCAUUAGGAACAUAACUGUUUACGCCGAUGACGAAUAUUUCAGAUACGAAGAUAUAUGCGCCCGUUGGAUGGACGAAUGUUUUAAAAACGACAUACUUAACCUGGACGUUAUCAUGAACCAGGUUGAAUCGGGCGAGUUAAAUUUAACUUUUCCUCUGAUGUUGAAUCCGUUCACAUGGGAAAUCCACGCGUUUCCAGUUUUCUUCGGUGGAACUGAAGUGAGCGAAGACAAUUUCAUUGUAAGCGUCCCAUCUGUGCAGCUUGUUUAUUUCGGAAAUGCGGACUCAACUAAACGAGAUAGACAGGGGAAGGCAUGGGAGGACGCAUUUUUGGACACCGUCGGGAAAGCGCAAGAUGAUGGCGUUUUCAAACAUAUUCGAAUUGCCCGAUUUGCUUCCAGAACAUUGGACGUCGAAAUGGAAAGAAAUACGAGAACUGUCAUUCCUUAUUUUACGUCAACAUUUCUUGUGAUGGCCGUUUUUUCAAUAGUUACCUGCAUGAUGACCGAUUGGGUUCGGUCGAAACCUUGGCUAGGACUUCUGGGCAACAUCAGCGCCCUUAUGGCAACGGCAUCUGGUUUUGGAACCUGCAUGUAUUUAGGUGUGGAUUUUAUUGGAUUAAAUUUGGCCGCACCGUUUCUCAUGAUAGCGAUUGGAAUCGAUGAUACUUUCGUAAUGUUGGCAGCGUGGAGGAGAACAUCGAUAAAAGAUCCAGUUCCGGAAAGAAUGGCAAAAAUGUUGAGUGAAGCGGCUGUUUCUAUUACGAUUACAUCAGUCACUGACGUAUUAAGUUUUAUCAUCGGGACACUUAAUCCUUUUCCAUCAAUCCAAAUAUUCUGCAUAUACUCCUGUGCAGCAGCAAUUUUCACCUUCGUAUGGCACCUGACGUUCUUUGCAGCUUGCAUGGCCAUCUCGGGUUAUUGUGAACAGAAAAAUUUACAUUCUGUCGUCUGCGUGAAAGUAGAACCCGUUUCAAAGUCCCGUAAGGUAGAACGAAAUUGGUUCUACAGAGCUUUCUGCACUGGCGGCGUCGCUUUUGAUGACAUCGAUAACCCGGAAGACAAUAAAGAAAACGGAAUAAUGGCUUUCUUCCGCGAUUAUUUUGCAGUCUUUUUAAAUAAUAGUUGCGUAAAAAUAAUAGUUAUUGUUGUGUUUGGUUUAUACCUGUUAGGAGCCGGUUAUGGAGUGACCAAAAUAGAAGAAGGGUUGGAAAGAAGAAAAGUUGCAAAGAGUGAUUCGUAUGCAAUCGAAUUUUUCGAUCGAGAAGACGAUUAUUUUAGAGAAUUUCCAUACAGGAUUCAAGUUGUCGUUAGCGGAGAAUACGAUUACUGGGACCCAAAAAUUCAAGAAGGAAUCGAAAACUUGACCCAAACAUUUGAGAACACCUCGUAUAUUUCUGGUGGUUUGUACACGGAAUCCUGGUUGAGAAGUUUCAUUCAAUACGCCCGCGAAAACGAAGAAUUUUUGAAUACAACGAUAAAAACGAAAGAAGGAUUUAUGAAAACACUGAAAGAGUUUUGGUUGGUUCCGUCCAGUUCUUUCUCUCUCGAUGUGAAAUUUAAUGAGGUAGGCGAUAAAAUAAUCGCCAUGCGCUUCCUGAUACAAGCAGUCAACAUUUCCGGGACAGAACAUGAAAGACAAAUGGUUGGAGAUCUUCGAAAAAUUUCUAGAGAGUCAAAUUUCAACGUCAGCGUCUUUCAUCCAUAUUUUGUUUACUUUGAUCAGUUUGAGUUAGUAAAGCCAAUGUCGAUACAGAAUAUGUUGGUGGGAGGUCUCGUUAUGAUGCUUGUCUCUUUCAUCUUCAUUCCAAACGUUCUCUGUUCAAUUUGGGUGGCCCUCAGCAUUAUUUCGAUAGAGACAGGAGUUGUAGGCUACAUGGCACUUUGGAGCGUUAAUUUGGAUUCCAUCUCAAUGAUCAACCUCAUAAUGUGCAUAGGAUUUAGUGUGGACUUCACUGCCCAUAUUUGCUACGCUUACAUGUCUUCAGAAUGCAAAAGACCAGCGGAUAAAAUGAAAGAAGCUUUAUAUGCAUUGGGUCUUCCGAUAUUCCAAGGAGCGUUCAGCACAAUUCUCGGAAUGGCGAUGCUUUUGUUCCCAGGGAGUUACAUUUUUGACGUUUUCUUCAAAAUGGUGUUCCUGGUCGUAUUCUUCGGAGCUAUGCACGGACUUUUCCUUCUGCCAGUUCUCUUGUCACUCUUUGGACCUGGAUCAUGCACCAAUCAUGACAAAGAGGAAAAGGAAAUGCAGUUAUCGUCAGUGGAGAAAUCGUUUCCUCAUCCUUAUUGUAUCCCUCAUCCCCAAUUCACGUUGAAUGGGACCCAUUUGGGAAGCACGUUCAAACAGCAUCAGAUCAUGAACAUGGAAAAGCCACCCAAUAAACAUUUUUUAGACAUUGAAAGAGACCUGGGAUUGGGAACGUCGGAAGAAAACUCGAGCGAGUCCGGCUCAAAUCAAUCAAAUAAACAAGUGGUUGACAACGACACUCUCCAGAAAAGAGACAAGAGCAACUGGAAAGAAAAUUUUCAUUUGGCAACGAGAAAUAACGAUUUCCAAACGCCAAGAACACCAAUAGAUUUAUUCGGCGCCCCGAGCGAAAAAGACUGCCAGAAUAUUUCUUACACACGGAGACGUUCCAUCGAAAAUUGGGAAGCAGCGGAAGAAAGUUCGCCAGAUUAUAGUGCGAGUAACAACAGGAAGUACAUCCCCCAAGAGAGACAAAGAUCGAAUCAGCGGAGACGACCUCUAGGAAGAUCUUAUUCCCAUCAUCACCUCCAAUAUCCCAAGUAUAUCCAAGAACUUCGGUUUCCAUAGUGUUGUGUUAAACAAGACAGAAUUUUGAUAGUUAUAAAAUAAAAACUUAGUGCAUCCAAGACAUUAUCAUCAGUUGAUGAUCUUUCUCUAGAAAAAAUAGAAAAGUUUUUCAGUUGUGGGUAAACUCUUCGUAGUAUUUCCCAGGCGAAAACUCACUUUUCCACUGCCGAAAAUGAGAAGGUGAUAAACAUUAAAACAACUCGUAAUGUACAUAUGAAAAAAGGGUGAAGUUAUUGUUAUGUAUGCAGACGAAACGGGUUUUUUAAACAACUAUUUGUAUAUCCUUAUUUAAGGACAGGAUUGAUUUUCAGCGUGCAACGAUGAUAAUGUUGUGAACAGAAUUUAUUUGCUCAAUUAGACGAAGUAUCAAUCACCAAAGUGCUUUUGACGAAAACGAACGCGAAAUACGUUUAUGAGACGCUGAAACUAUUUUUUAAUAAAAAUAACAAUUUCUUUGAAAAUAUUUACAAUAAACGGUUUGACGACA